ACACAACUCGCCCAAAAACGGAUCAAACAGCCUCUGGAAAAGAGGGCGAAAAGGAAAAAGGAACAGGAUGGACGGGCACGUCGGCAAGUUCUUCGAGUCGGUUAGCUCGAUCUUCGGUGGCGGCGACACCCUCCCCGUGUGCGACCGCGACAUCAUCGCUGGGUGUGAGAAAGAGGUUGCUGAGGCUGCAAAUGAAGAACAAAAGAACGAGAGCCUCAUGAGGCUAUCCUGGGCUCUUGUUCACUCUAAGCAGCCUGAGGAUGUCAACCGUGGCAUUGGAAUGCUUGAAGUUUCUUUGGGCAAGUCUAACAGCCCGCUACAAACAAGGGAGAAGCUCUAUUUGCUGGCUGUUGGACACUACAGAACUGGGGAUUACACGAGAAGCCGUCAGCUUCUGGAAAGAUGCUUAGAGGUUCAACCUGACUGGAGGCAAGCUCUCACUUUGCAAAGGCUCCUUGAAGACAAAACCAAAAGAGGAUUGACAUGCCUAGCUGGUGUUCAAAUGCAGAUGGUAUGAUUGGCAUGGCCAUCGUCACUGGCGCAUUUGGAGUUGUGGGGCUUGUUGCUGGUGGAAUCAUAGCUGCAGCUUCAUCAUCCAGGAAGAAAUGAGGGCUCUAGUAAGAAGUGAAUAAGUUGAUUAGAUGACUGAGUACUUGCUGUAAAAAGUGGCCUUAUCUUACUUUCGUACUUCAUGCAGCCAUAUGAGCAUUUUAUCUUUUGCUAUCCUGUUUGCACGUUAGACCAACCUUAAUUACCUUGCGUUCAAACAAGAAACCUGUUGACAUGAUGAGACCACUGCGAGUUCUCAUGUAAUCAUGUUGCACUAUUUCUACUGUCAAA